AGGCGGGCCGCAGGUCUCAGUUGGACGGUCCCAAGCCCGUGGUUGAGGCGAAUAAGAUUUUUCUGCUCUUGGAGCGUCUCCAUGUGACGAGUGAAAAACGGGCAACCUUCGGCCUGCAGCUGGUGGUUGGCGAGGUUGGGGAGGCUAACAGUGGUGGCAAACGCAUCACGUGGGACGCCGAGAGCCCGCUGGAGGAAAUGGUUAAUUCCCAGCUGACCAUGAGGUCAUGGAGUCAAUUCCAGGGCAGCAACGGCAGGGGCGUGCUGAUGCGCGACGCCACGAUUGUCUUUCCUCUUGUGGCUGUGAAGGCGGACGGCAAGAAGGUCUGCACAGUCAUCUACUCAAAGGACAACGGCGGGACCUGGCAGUUCCCCGCGAAGGGCUCUGCUGUGGAGGACUGCUCCGACCCCAACCUUCUCGAGUGGGAGGGGCAGCUGCUCAUGGUUGCCACGCACGCAACCCAUCAUAAGAGGGUGUAUGCGUCCAGCGACGUGGGGGAGACGUGGAUGGAGCUGAGCGGCACGCAUUCGAACGUCCUGAGUGAGGCCAUGAAGGCCGCGCCGACUGGGAGUCGAGUUGACAUCGUGACGGCAACCAUCGGGGGGAGGCAGGUAAUACUGUUUACUGUGCUUGGCCUGUUUGCUGAUGGUAGGCGAGGCAAGGACGCAUUGCAUCUUUACAUGACGGACAUGACUCGAUUCUAUCCUCUUGGGCCGAUAUCUGAUGCCGAUGGUGCCGUGAAGACCUCCAGCAGUCUGCUGUACGCGAAUGACGAAUUGUUUGCCCUGUACGAUCGGAAAGCAGGCGCAGCUUCGGUGGUUGCUCUCACGCACCUCUCUGCGCAGCUGGAGGAGAUAAAGCGUGUGCUGCGGACCUGGGACGCCGUCGACGAGAAGGUGGCGCGUCUUUGCGGCUCCGCCGGCAAGGGAGGAGUCGCGGCCGGCAGCGCCUGCAGCCCGCCGGUGCCCACGGCUGGGCUGGUCGGCUUUUUGUCCGGCGGGGGCGACAGUGAGAUCUGGGAGAACGAGUACCUCGGGGCGAAUGCCUCGGUGAGUGGAGCCGCAGCGAGGGUCGACGGGGGCGUGAGGUUCAAAGGGGGCACCGCAGCGGGAGAGUGGCGUGUGGGGAAUCGAUGGAAGAACCACCGCUUCCACUUUGUAAAGGACAACUUCACGCUUGUGGCGACGGUGACCAUCGAAACGGAGCCGUCUGGCGGCGGCAGCCCUGUUCCUGUGUUGGGUGUGCGCGGUGGCGGAGGGGAGGCGAGGCUGAUGGAGCUCUCGUACACCGCGGACCGUAAGUGGGCGGCGACGUUCAGCGGGGCGACGGCGCAAGUGGGCGGCGGGGCGUGGGAGCGGAACAGGGCGCACCAAGUGGCCCUCGUGCUGCAGGACGGCAGCGGCUCCGCGUGGGUGGACGCCCAGGCGCUGGGGAGCCCGGUGCGGCUGCACGCGGCUGGGGCGGCGGGGCUCGAGGUGUCGCAGUUCGACUUUAUGGGCGGCGACCGCGCGGGCACCGGCAACGGCCAAGUGACGCUGACGAAUGUGCUGCUGUACAACCGCCCGCUGAGCGCCGCGGAGCUGCAACUGUUCGUUCCGCGCGGCGGGCAGACGGGGGCGGGUUCCCGGGCGGGGGCGGAGGACGGGGCGCCGGGCACCGCGGAUUCCGCCGCCCACCCGCCAGCCGAAGCUCCGGCCCCGGGGCGCGGGGAGGAGGCGCCGACGCCCUCGCCGCCAGCCAGGAGGGGCCCAGCGCGAGAAGCGGCGCCAGUGACGCCAAUGGCGCAACCGCCCCUUCGCCGGUAA